UGCAGUUCGCUGAAGAUCAUGUAAUAUUUCGUUAUUGAUAGUGAGAAACUAUUGAUAAAUACCUACUAAAUUUCGGUGUACUUAUAUCAGUAGAAGAGUGUUGUAUAAUAAAAACUGGCAUGGUUCUGUUGCAAAAUCUGUUAUUUAGUUCAUUGCGGAAAUUUCCCCGGAAAAAUCAACGCGGAAAAUUUAUUGACUCGCUUCGGUUGUCGGUGAAAGGAGGGCAUGGAGGCAACGGUUUACCCAAAUACGGCGGAGUUGGCGGGCAAGGAGGAGCUGUGUAUUUUGUCGCAAAAGAAGGCAUAUUGCUGAAGGACGUCCUUCGCAAGCAUUCAAACAAACGAAUUUUGGCUGGCAACGGUGAAGAGAGCAGCAAAAUACGCAUACUUGGACGUCGUGGAUUAGACCAACAGGUGAAUGUGCCGGUGGGUGUCCAGGUGAUGGAAGAUGAUGGUCCAAUUAUUGCAGAAUUAGAUGAAGAAGGUAAAACAUGUUUGGCUGCCGGUGGUGGCAGUGGAGGUUGCUCUGGAAAUUCAUUUCUUGGUAAACCUGGGCAAAGUCGGAUAUUGAAACUGGAUUUGAAGCUUAUCGCCGAUAUCGGUCUGGUUGGGUUUCCUAAUGCGGGAAAAAGCACACUGGUCAAAGCUCUAUCUAAUGCUACGCCAAAAAUUGCCUCGUAUCCAUUUACCACCAUACGACCACAAAUUGGAACGAUCGAGUACAAUGAUUUUCGCCAAAUUACAAUAGCAGAUUUGCCUGGGUUAAUCGAAGGCGCUCACGCGAAUUUCGGCAUGGGACAUAAGUUUCUAAAACAUGUUGAACGAACUCGCCUUCUGUUGAUAAUUGUGGACGUGUUCGGUUUUCAGUUAAGCCAAACUCAUAAGAAACGGAAUUGUCUGGAGAAUAUUUUUGCUCUUAACAAAGAACUAGAGCUUUACAAUAAAGCCUUACUCGAUAAGCCCUGUGUGUUGCUUGUGAAUAAAAUGGACAAAGAGGACGCGAUAGAAGAAAUUUGUAAAUACGACAAGUACUUCAGUAACUUAGAAGAUGGUUUAGCUCAUUGUCCGGAAGAGUUGGUACCCAAUCAACUCAUAAAUCUAGAACGUGUGAUUCCUAUAUCUGCGAAAUGUCUGAAAGAAGUGGACAAAGUGAAGCAAAUUGUUCGAAAAGUUCUGGAUGAGAAGGCCGAAGAACAAAUGCGUGAAGAGAAAGACGAUUUGGACAUGCGAGAUAGGCUUCAAGGUAGAAUAAAUGAAUUUGGCCCCAGAGUCGUUUAGUAGCACAGGAAAAAUGUUACGGGUAAACUGAUUCCGCGACAGCCGUUGAAGAGUCCUUGGUGAAGAUACAGUUCUUUUAUUUUAAAAGUUUCAAUUUAUCCCCUUGCGGUUUCAUUUGAUAUGUGGUUGUUUAAAAUCCAAUUAACGUGAAACUAGCAGUCAUUAACUUUUCGUCGGAAAGCCCAAUUUCGGAAGUAGUUUUUCGGCCCAAAAGCGGGAUUCUGUUUAUAAAAAUUUAAA